AUGGCAAGCCUGGCGUACUCGGCAUCCUCCAGAAGGAUAUCAUGGGAAACAGAGUCCGGAAUUGCCAUGCUUUCCUAUGUCGGGACCGUGAACAAGAAGCCCGACUCAAAGCAGAUCGAGUUCCAAACAAUCCUAGGGAUCCUCAGGGUCGAAAAGAACGAUGCAUAUGAGGAGUUCCUUGCAUUUGUCACCAAGAGCACUCUUGCCGGCAUGUAUGAAGGCAUCGAAAUAUACAAGAUUGAUAAAAUCAAGUUUCUGAAUAUCAAUGAGCCCGACAAGCCCGACGAGGUUAUGUCCCAAGUAAGAGGGUUUGUGCAGUCACAUGACUUCUAUUACUUCUCGACGCCUCUGUUCAUAGAGGACGAGUUUAUAUGGAACAGGCACAUGAGGGCCAACCUUCUGAAGUACUUCGGGCCAACCUCCUAUCCAUGGGUGCUUUCCCAUCGGCCCAAAAGCCCGUCCCUCAGCCUCAACAUCUCAACGCUUUUCUGCGGAUUCUUUGUGGCAAAGGCAUUCAAGACGUCAGAAGACUUCUACCACAUGAAGCUUCUUUCGCUGGUGUCCUCAAACAGGGUUGGAACAAGAUACCUAUGCAGGGGAAUCGACGAAGAGGGAAAUGCGUCUCUUUUUGUGAAGACACACUUCCAGACAAAGCGGAACAACAGCACAAUAUUCGACUUCACAAUCAUCAGGGGAUCGGUCCCGAUAUUCUGGAGCCAGAGAGGGCAUGGGAUUCCUGCAAAGGUAAACAUCUAUGGGGAAGACGGGGCCGUAAAAAAGGCAUUCGCAAAGCAUUUCAAAAAGCUUAGGAGGGAGUAUGGAAAGAUAUAUGUGAUCAAUCUUCUGGGAGAAAAGAAGUACGAGAAGCAGCUUACCUCGCACUUCAGCAGGCUUCUGGAUCUGGAGAACAUUCCGUACACGACAUUUGACUUGAAUGCUCAUGCCAGUAACUACGACGACCUGAAGUUUCUUCUGUACUUCAAGCUACAGGGCAUCGGGCAGCAGGACAUAGUCUUCAGAGUGAACUGCCUGGACUGCCUGGACAGGACAAAUGUUGCACAAUCUCUAAUAUGCAUGUUCUACUUCGAAAAGGUUGUAUGCGAUGGCAAUGCCCUGAAGAGGAUGCAGGAAUGCUGGGCAGACAACGGAAACUCGCUGAGCAAUCUAUAUACGGGAUCUGAUGCGAUGAAGAGAGAGCUGGCUCUCAAGGGUAGAAGAUCCUUUGUUGGAUACAUGGACGACUUUGUUAUCUCCGCGACCCGGCUCAUCAACGGCAGGUUUACUGAUAGACAAAAGCACAGUAUCAUCAAUGUUUUACUGGAAAAAAAAGAAGACGCCGAGGACACUGGCGAUUCCUGUUGA